CUGGCCCACACCAUUAUGCCGCUCCGCUGUCGUUGGAUUUAUCUCAAAGGGGUCCCGCCUCGCCAGUGUCCAGACUGCAUUGCGGCGUCUGCUUUCUGCAGCUGAUCCGUGCUUGCUCGCUAUAUCGAGUCCCCCCUCCUUUGGCCAAAUGCACCACCGGUGUAAGUAUCAACAAACCUCUGUUUGAGAUUUGUAUGCACAUAUAACUUUUUAUACUCAGUCUCCUAUUUGUUUCUACUCCCAUUCUUAUUCAAAUUCGGCCUUUUGAUAUCGAGUUGGCUUUUUGUAGCCUGCGCCAUUCAUUCGUUCACGCGAGUUUUCUACACGGCUUCGAGGCUGUCUUUUGAGUCUUGUUCAGUCCAUAUUCCGAAGGCGUCGUUGGCCCCGGUCUAUCGUCUGGUGUCUCAGACUGUUGUUCACUGACAGACCGAGAACCAGCUGAAGAGGACCCAGGCCAAGUUGGGCAAAAAAAUCAUAUCCCUUCAAGAGAUCGGACCAGCCACAGCGCUACGAAUCUUGAGGCUCCUGGCAAACACCGCUUCGCUUCUGCCGAGUUCUCCGGCUUGGGUCGAAGAGGCCACACAGCCUCCUUUCCCGUCAUCGCCUCUUUUCGGGCGGCCGGUUGCGAAUGAAGUUGGACGUUGCAUUUGGUUGGGAUCAGCCCAGGAUGCAUCAUCAGAUCAUCGGCUCCAGUGCCAUGGGCGGGGAAAGCCCGCUGGCCACGGACCAGGGCGGCUUUGGUGCAACCGGAAAUGACGGAGGAGCACAUGCAGGCGUCGGUGGCGAGCCUCACUGGGUAGAUAUUUCAUACACCCAGAGCGCGCCGAUGCAAGACUAUAACGCCAACUACACCUUCGGUGUGGACCCCAUGAGCCACGGGCUACCCUCGGAACCCAUGAACAACAGGAUGGGACCUCCACCUCUUCCUUCAACUCAUGCGCCGCAAGUAUCGCAGCCACAGCAACAUCACCACCAAGCGCCGCACUCAGGACAUCCACAGCUACAUCCGCUGAUUACAAAUCCUACGUGGCCGAGCAUGUUGACGAACCCCGGUGCUCUGCGAAAUCCGGGCAGCUAUUCAGCGCCCCCAAUCGCGAUGCCCACGCCCCUUGCCGUGCAGCCACUCCGAGGUUCCAAGACGCCGACUUCCAGCACAGCCACGGCGCCGCGGAAGACUUUAACGGAUGAAAUGCGACGAGAGAUUUGUCUGUUUCAUCGCGACAACAGUGGCCUGAAGCAGACUGAAAUCGGUGCCAAGUUUGGCGUGGAAAGGAGCACUAUUUCAAAGGUCCUGCGCAACAAGGAAAAGUUUUUGAAUCCAACCGAACGAAGCGAGUCACCCGUUAAACGGAUGGCUAGGGGCAAGACUGGCACGGCCGACAUUGAAAAAGCUUUAUCCAACUGGAUCAAGAAAAGUGGCGUACCUGUUUCCGAUCAAGAGAUCAGAGAAAAGGCCAUUAUCUUCUGUCAAAACACGCCCGGCACAUCCGACAACCUGUUGAAGCAAUUCCAGUCCACAACUUGGCUAGAAAAGUUUAAGCAAAGGCACGGCAUCAAGGCCCCCAAGCUUCUGCGAAGAGCAUCGGAAACAUGCAUCUCUCAUUCCACCAUCUCGCCGGCGUCGCCGCAUACCCAUGCCAACCUGAACCUGUUACCGUCACCACUGUCUGCAGCACGGAGCGAUGACGAGAAGGAAGGGGCCAACAGCUUGAUGGAUUUUACGGCAGAGAGUGGUUCGUACAGAGCAAUACCACCCAACCCUACGUUUUUGUCCGGACUGUUAACCGACAACUCAGCCUCUUCCUCAUUCUCAAACACAGGCAUGAGCCCAGCAACGUUCAACUUUUCUCCCGACACGCCAGUCGGCGGCUUUUUGUCUGACCCAUCCAGACAUGGGCUAGCAGGACACCCCAGUUUUCCACGCCAACGCAGCCAGACCUUGCCGAUCCUCGAUAUCGAGGGCAUGAACCAGCCCCAAGAGAGCGAGCCAAUGAGCUCCAAGUACUCCGCGGUGUCCACUGCACCGUCCUCUGCCCUCGAGUCACCGAUGCACGAUAUUAUGGCCCAACCUUUUGCUAUGGACGCUUCAGUCGUAUCCCCCAAGCUCCGCAGGAGUAGCAGCAACAACAGUCUUAUCGGACCUCGAUCCACGGGAACACCUGUCCCUGUCGUAACACCGGGUGGCUCUGGACCUGGCUCGCCAACUCAGGAAAACGCACGAAGAGCGGUGGACACACUCUUGAGCUAUAUUCAGAAUGGAGCUGGUGAUUCAACCGACUACUAUGCGGUUCUCCGCUUGACGGAGAAGCUUGGCUUACAGAUGAACAGCAAGCAACCAGCCGGGAUGCAAAUGCAGCAACAGCAGCAGCAGCAACAACAACAACAACAAAGUGGUUGUAUGUCGGGCCUUCCAAGAAUCCCCGAGGGUGAGGCCGAGUUGUCUCACGCACCACAGCCCAACUUGCAUUCCCACAUGAUCAAAUUGGAGGCCACCAGCAUGUCAGUCUGA